GUUUACCCUCAAAGGUUAAGUUGAAAAGGAGGCAACAUUACACUGACAUACUGCAUCAUAUAUUAGAUAAAGAAAAGGAAGGAAAGAAAAAUAAUACAUUCCCACACUUCAAAGUAUUGUGAGAUUUUAUUAUUCCCACAUGUUUCAUUCAGACCUUCUUUUCGUAGGAUGCUAUUGAAACCACUCAGACUUCACAGGCUUUGUUUUUAAAAAUCACCAGUACAGACUGAGAAGAUUUAAAAGUUGUCACGGUGAAUGGGCAGAGUCAGAUUAUGAUACUGUGCCACAAACUUUUGGUUUGCAUUCAAAGAAAUCAAUCAGCAAACUUACUAACUAAAUAACUUCAGUCUCUCUUCUAAUUUAAAGUAUGGCUAAACAUCCAAAUAAUGUUUGACAAUAUUUUGACUUGAAUGCAAAAAUUCCACCCCUUGCUUUGCCUGCAAUUACAGAGACCAGACAAAACAAAUGACUCACAAAUGUUGUAAUGUACACCUAAUUGUUAACUGACAAUAACAUUGUUCUGGUUAAAAAGUUAAAACAAAACACAAUCAACAAACUGAGGAUGAAUGCAUGUGAACUUGAAGGAACAUUCUGGAUAUUUUAAGUGUUACUUUGUUUAUGCUAGUCCUGAUGUGGGAACAGAUGCAUAAGGAUGUUAAUAUCCCAAAGUGUGUUAAAGUAUGUGAGGAAUAUUCAAGCUAUUAACAAAUGAUCUGAAUAACCUAAUAUAGCAAACACAUCAGGUGGCAGAACACAAUGUUUUGAAAACUACUUUAAAUGAGAAUAAUUAGAAUAUUGAAAAAAAGGAGUGGUGAGAUAUGGAAUAUCAAUGAUUAUAAGAAAAAAUAUAUCCAUUUUGUAAUCUUAGAGCCAUGCUGCAGAGCAGUUAUAGACUGAAACAUUGAAAACCUUCAGUUCCUGCUCUUAUCUCAAGUUGCAGAAGUGUGUUACAUCACGCCUCAUGUGGGAUGAACCACACUUGAGGCCUGCUGCCCAACAUCAUUACAGAAGAUAACUAAUGAAACUGCGUUUGUUUGGAUGUAGUCACAAACAUAACGAGCUUCUGCUUCAUCCUGGGACAGGGAAUAAUUAGUUAACAAACAUGUCAAGAGGAGAAAUCAUCAUUCUUUUUCUGUCUUUACUGUUUGAGUCUACAUUGACUCAAUGCGAAAAUGAGAAAGACUGCCCCAAAGAGAACCAGGAAGUUUUUAGUAGUGUGACAGAUAUUCCUCACACACUGAGACCAGGCGUGACAGAAGUUUUCUUUUUGGAUGGCAAGAUUAAAACAAUCCCCAACGCAGCCUUUGCUACAAACCCACAGCUUGAAAAGGUGGAGUUCAUGAACACUGGCACAUUAUCUAUUGAAGCAGGAGCUUUUGAAGGUUUGGUAUCCCUCAAGGACAUUGAAAUCUCUAACACUGCAUUAACAUCAAUCCCAGUGGGAGUAUUUAAAGACCUCAGCAAUCUGGAAAAGAUUAUACUGAAGUUUAACAAGCUCCGUAGUUUGGAGAAAGGCUUGUUUGAUGGCCUUAAAAAAGUUAGAGAGAUCCAGUUACAUGGAAACGAGAUUGAAUUGAUUCAAGAUGGGACAUUUGAUGAUCUCGAGAACCUUGUGUUACUCCAUUUAGCUAAAAAUAAUCUUUCUGCUGUGUCUGCCAACUGGUUUUCAAACCUAAACAAACUACAAAUGCUACGGCUUUAUGAGAAUCAGUUGACCGCUGUUCCUGAGGGGAUUUUCCAGAAUUUACCAAACCUGAGGGAAAUUGGCUUGCACGGAAACAAAAUAGCAGAAUUACCACCAAAUCUAUUUCCACAUAAAGACAGACUAUUGAAGAUCACUUUGGACAAUAACCUUCUGACUGGUUUACCUCAAGAUUUUUUUGUUGGCUUCCCUCAGCUUAAAACUUUGACCCUGCAGAAGAAUCAACUGACAAGUCUGCCACCAGUGCUUUUUGGAGAAAUGCCUAAACUGACUGAGUUAAGCCUCAGUCAAAACAAUCUCAGCACUCUCCCUAAGGGAAUAUUCAAACCCCUGAAGAAAGUUAAGAAACUAGAUCUGUCUAAAAAUCAUUUUGUCACCUUGUCUGCUGAAUACUUUGAGGGCCCUGAGAAGCUCACAGAGCUCAAUCUACUGAACAACAAGAUAAAGUCACUGGAUGCAGAUGUGUUUGAAAAACUACAGUCACUGGUCACACUGAAGCUAGCUAACAAUGACCUCCAGAAUCUUCCUGAGGAUAUUUUUGAGCCUUUAAUAAAACUCAAAAAGCUCUACCUCAGUGACAACCCUUGGCACUGUGACUGCAAUCUGAUUUCUUUUCACCUCUGGAUAAAAGCGAAUGCUGACAAGAUUGUGUCGCCUGUGGUCUGUGAGUAUCCAGAACAUCUAAAAGGGAAGGAGAUCAAAUCCUUGACAGAAGAUCAACUUAUUUGCCCAACCCUUCCCCCCACUACUACUCUCUUAACCACCACCACCACUCCAACAACGCUCCCAACUACACAACCAACAACCACCAUACUUACUACCACACCGACCACCACUCUGCCAACUACAGAACCAACCACAACCACAACAACAACUACCACAACGCUCCCAACCACAACCACAACAACUACCACGAUACUCCCAACCACAACACUACCAACUACACAACCAACAACAACCAUACUUACUACCACACCAACCACCACUCUGCAAACCACAGAACCAGCCACUACCACAACAUCAACAACUACACUGCCAACAACUAUACUGACCACACCAUUAGCCAAAAUAGUACCAACACCCACAACUACAAUGUCAACAACUGCACCCACAACCACUAUAGCAACCACUGCACCCACAACCAGCAUAGCAACAACUGCAUCAACAACCACUUUAGCAACCACUACACCCACAACCAGCAUAGCAACAACUGCAUCAACAACCACUUUAGCAACCACUACACCCACAACCAGUAUAGCAACAACUGCACCCACAACCAGCAUAGCAACAACUGCAUCAACAACCACUUUAGCAACCACUGCAUCCACAACCACUAAAACAACAACUGCACCCACAACUACUAUGACAACUCUUCCUCCCAUGACUAACCACAACAACAACUAUACCCACAACCAUAACCACAAGUAGUGCAACAACCACAAUCAUCCAGACUACUCAAACAACAAUGCCUCCUACACUAACCACUCCAGUGAGCUUCACUUGUCCAGUGGAACCAGUCUCUCAGGGGCCAUCACCUUCCUUCAGGUAUCAGCACAAAAACAAAGUCCAGCAGUGCAAGUUUCAGAUGAUGAUCUACACUGCACUGCUAGUGGUGGAGAUAACCUGCACACUGGUGUUGGCCAAGUUCACCCUGUCUCUUUACCGCCUGCUGCAGUGCAGAGAGAGGACGUACCACAGGGUCAAACUCACCCGCUUCUCUUACAGGAGAGAGAUCAUCCUGAGGUCUCAACGCAAGGCAGAGAUUCAAGGACUUGAAAGAACAACAGCACUUUAGAGAAAGAUCACUGGUUUGAUUCUCACCAUGAUGGGAAAUGAGCCAGCAGUGGUCACAAUGCCUGCCAAACACCCUUAAACCUGCAAUAAUUGAUUUUGUUUUGGGCACUUGGGGGCAGUGGAAACAAGACACAAACACAACACUGACAUAUUAUCACUUUACAAACUUGAGAAAUCUGACUCUUUAGCUGUGACAUGCUCCUCUAUGUUCAACAGCUAAUCACAAACUUUGUCUGUCAGAUAGGGUACAGAUCUGUAUCACUAAAAAAUAUCAGCUAAAAUUGACACUAUGACAGCAGUGAAAUUGAAUCCAAGCUAUAAAGUUGAGGCUUGUGAAACCAAAACAAUGUGCAAAUGUGAAAUCUGCUCAAAAGUUGCAUAGAGCUGAGAGGAAUUGCAGUGUUGGGAGAUAAUUCUCUGUUGGUUUGUCAGUAAGAGCCACCACUUUCACAUACAGGUAAUCAUGUGGUCCACUGCUGAUAUGAAAGUAUGGAUUAGGGCAGCUUUAAAUAAUAUGUUAAUAUCACAUGUAUCAAAUUUUAUAUAUUUUGUGGACAUGUCUCAUCUGGAACUUUUAAUUUUUUGCUAUAAAAAAAUUCAAAAAUACAUAUGUAUUUUUGAAAGCAUAAUAAUGUACUGUCAACACAAUGCAUUUGCCCACACUGAUUAAAAUCUACAAUGAUUAAUAAACUUCUUUUUGGAAAUCUG